AUGUCACGACAGCGUAGUCAACAAGCUUUGGGGCAAGAUGGCCUCACUGUCCCAUUCGCAUUGACUGCUGGUUUGUCGUCCACUGGGAAACGUGACAUUAUCAUCCUUGGUGGUCUUGCUGAGCUGGUUUCUGGAGCACUUUCCAUGGGCCUUGGUGGAUAUCUUGCUGCGCAAAGUGAGAUGGAGCACUACAAGUUUGAACGACAGCGAGAGCAGCACGAGGUUGUCACUUGCCCUACCGAAGAGAAACAAGAGAUCUACGACAUUCUGGAGCCUUAUGGUCUGACAAAGGAUACUGCCACGCCUUUCGUUGAAGAACUAGCAAAGAACCCUGAUCAAUGGGUUGAGUUUAUGCUGCAAUUUGAGCUUGGCCUGAGUAAACCAGACACAAACAGAGUGUGGCAAUCUGCUCUGGCUAUUGGUUUCGCCUACCUACUCGGCGGUAUUAUUCCCUUGCUGCCAUAUUUCUUUGUGGAGAAUCCUAGGACAAAAGGUCUGAUGAUAUCUGCAUUGCUCACUAGCGCAGUAUUGGUCUUGUUCGGUUACAUCAAAAGCUUCUCGGUUGGCCGAAAGCAUAAGCCUGCCUCCUUGUCUGCUGUGCAGACUCUAGCUGUUGGCGCGAUUGCUGCAGCCGCCAGCUAUGGAGUUGUCUAUGGUCUAGAUCGCCGUUUUCAGACUUGA